CGCACCGUAUUCUCGCGCAAUAUUCUGCCCCUCGGCAGCGAUAUCAUUUCUAGGCCGAGAGGGUCGACACAUUACUCGCCAGUCCCCCAACAACCUACUUCAGCUUGCGAGAGCGAAAGCGACUCCUACGAGAUGGUGCAAACAUAUGGCGUUGCGGCAGAAGAUGCACGCGAGGUCCACCAUGCCGAAGCCGAUACCGAAGCUAGUGCGCUCUUAGGCGCGGAUGCAUCGAACGGACGGCCAAAGCAGAAGUUCACGGGGGGACAUGCAUCUUUGGUCAGUUGCAUAGGCAACCUGUCGAAUACCAUCAUUGGCAGCGGUAUGCUGACAUUCCCCAUGGCAAUGGCAUCCUCUGGAAUCAUACCGGGAAUCUUCACCUGCGUGUUCUCCGGAAGUGUAGCUGCAUUCGGGCUGUAUCUGCUCUCGCUGGCUGCGACCCACACCCCUCACAGGACCUCGUCCUUCUUCGCAGUUGCACAGCUUACCUUCCCGAAGGCUGCUGUAUUCUUCGAUGCAGCCAUCGCAAUCAAGUGUUUCGGUGUCUCCAUCAGCUAUCUCAUCAUCAUCAAGGGUCUCAUGCCCAGCGUUGUGGAAGCGUUGUAUCACGACCUCUCUUCCAACGAGCCCCCGUCCUGGGCACUGUCCGGACGGGUAUGGAUCACGUUGUUCAUGGCGAUUCUUGUCCCCCUCGGAUUCUUGCGUAGGUUGGAUAGCCUGAGACACGCAAGCUACGUCGGAAUAUUUGCCGUGGUUUACCUCCUCGCUAUCGUGGUCUAUGUGUUCAUCAAGCCUUUCGAUGACAUGCCUCCAAGGGGCGAAGUGCAUCUUGUGCAUUUCACGCCCGACUUCCUGUCGACAUUUCCUGUCCAGGUGUUCGCGUUUACUUGCGCACAGAAUCUGUUUCCUUUGUUCAAUGAAGUCACGGAGAAUACGCAGAAUCGAAUGAACACUAUCAUCGGCACUUCUAUUGGAUCUGCCACUGGCGUAUAUCUGGUGAUUGCCAUUCUCGGUUAUCUAACCUUUGGCUCUACGGUGGGACCAAACAUCAUCGCAAUGUACCCGUCGACGUCUUUAUUCGUUGCGGUCGGCCAACUGGCCAUUGUCGUCCUUGUCUUGGUGUCGUAUCCCUUGCAGGUGCACCCAUGCCGGAACUGCUUGGAUAAGGUAUUCCACGCCGGACAGAGCCAUAAGACACCGCAUGAGCUUGCAAACGACGAGGAACUUGAGGACGAGGAUCAUGCUCCGGCAGAUAUGAGUGCAUUGAAGCACACGCUGCUUACAGCGGGCAUCAUCGCUAGCGGUUUUACGAUCGCUUACCACGUGGAUGACUUGAGAAUGGUUCUGUCCUUCGUUGGGUCCACAGGAUCCACAACUAUAUCUUUCAUCCUCCCAGGUCUCUUCUACUGGCAGCUGACGCGACAUGACGCAUCGGCGAGUAAAGCGCUCAACCGCGCCGCUCUUGCGCUUGCAUGCUAUGGCGCCUUUAUCUUUGUGUUCUGCUUGAGCUAUAAUAUCUACGGGGUCGUUCGUCCGUCGAGUUCCAGUCCGAGUGGACAUUAACCCCGAUAGACACAUUGAUGCUAUGUUACGCUGUGUGGCUAUAAUGAGCCUGACAUUAGAACCAGAGAAUAGAGAAUGUAGUC